CCCUUAUCCGCCAUGAUUGACACCGUCGUAUACAAGCCCAACCGAGUGCUCGAGAAGCAGAAGCUCGUUCAGGGCAUGCACGCCCCCGUCUACCGACGCCUUCCUCGCUCAAAUCUCUACCUCAACUCGUAUUUCGGUCUCUGGGCUAUUGGCCUCGGCAGCACCAUCUACGGCGCGUACACGCUUGUCUUCGACAAGCCCGCUGGCCCCGAGUAAACCAGACGACCGUAGCAUUACCACCUCAUUAAAUCCGUUUCACUUGCAAUCGAUCCCUCCAAAUUUCACAAGUGAGC